GGGGGGCGGGGCGAAAGGCAAGGUUUCCUCCCAGCGCCGCUCGCCGGGGAAGCCUUUCCCAGAAUCCCACGCGCCGCCUCCAACCGCCUCCCAGCUUUUUCCGGCCACCGCCUUCUUGAUUGGCUCGUCGGCUGGAGCCAAUGAGCACCGCCUUUGCUUGGAGGUGGGAGAAGCGAUGGCCGCAGUUGUGAUGGGGCCUGGGGGAGGCAGCAUGUCAAGAUUUCUCCUACAGAUGAAGCAAAGGGCCCCCUUCAUGCUCCUCCACCGUGGGAUCGCUUCCACUUUUCCCGUAACAGGGCGGCGGCUUCUGGCCCCCCAUAUCUCACCAGACCCUGCAGGUGCCUGCCAGAGGUUUCCAGGGCAAGGGCUACCAUGGAGUCAUCAACAGAUCCGCACCAAAGCCCGGGGGAACGAAUACCAACCGUCGAACCUGAAACGGAAACACAAGCACGGCUGGAUCAAGCGCAUCCGCACAGCCAGCGGGAUCGAGGUCAUCCUCCGGCGUAUGCUGAAGGGCAGGAAAUCUUUGACACAUUGAUGGCUCAGAAGGGUUAGCCCCAGAAGAACGACGCUUGAAGCAAGAGUCCAAGAACCGAGAUCAAGAUCUGUUUGAACGUCGGUGGCUUUCCUCGCUCUGUUGGAGAAAGCUGGCAGACGCUUCCGAAAGGGGGGAAUCCACUGAUUUUCUGUUGGUAUCAAAGCAAACGUUGCGUGCUUUCAGAAAAAGAAAGAAAACUUUUGAGAUGCCAUUAAAAGUGUGAACGAUA